AUGAACAACGCGAGCGUGACGGUUUACCAGGUGGAAGAAUUCCUGAUCGACGGUGUUCCCGGACUCGAGGAGUACCAGGCGGCGCUGUUUGCGGUGUUCCUCCUCGUGUAUUUUUUGGCGUUCGCCGGGAAUCUCUUCAUCCUCAUCAUGGUGAUUCUGGACCGCAGGCUUCACACCCCAAUGUACUUUUUCCUUUGCAAUCUAUCAUUUGUUGACAUAGUAAUUCCAACAGCUAUCAUACCGAAACUGUUAGCUGUGUUAGUCGCAAAUGAGAAACAUAUUUCCUUUACCGGCUGCUUUGUGCAAAUGUACGCAGUCAUUGCUUUCGGAAGUACAGAGUGGUUUCUUUUGAUUGUCAUGUCCUACGAUAGAUACGUGGCCAUAGUGAAGCCGCUACACUACCACGUGAUCAUCAAUCCAAGGGCCUGCGUGGUACUGGCAGGGGCUGCCUGGGGGUUGGGGCUGCUGGCGCCCCUACCAGCAAUCUUUAUGGCGACUAAGCAACAAUAUUGUGGUUCAAACAAAAUUUUGUACUGUUUCUGCGAUUAUUCACCAGUAGUUACACUGGCAUGUGCCGAUGUUACAAAUGCCAUCAAUAUUGCUUUUAUUUUUGCAAUGUUAGUGAUUAAUAUAUCCUUUCUUCUUGUGCUCUGGACUUAUUUCAGAAUACUAACAAUUAUCCAAAAGAUGGCAGCUGCUGACCGCAGCAAGGCUUUCUCAACCUGCUCCUCCCACUUGUCUGUUGUGGUGACUUACUUUUUGUCCACGGCCUUAGUGUAUAUAGCUGUCAAAAUAGGAACUAUCCCAGAAUAUUCCCGGGUGAUCAUCGGGGUCUUCUAUUAUUUCUUGACUCCCAUGUUGAACCCUAUCAUUUAUACUUUAAGGAAUGAAAAAAUUAAAUUGGCUGCUGUAAAGUAUCUGAGAUUAAAUUUGGGACUCAAAGCUGUGUUUCCACAAAGGGUGCACAGUGUUACUGGUUCCAGUUUAAAAGCAUGA